CUGAUAAGAGAACGACAGUGGGCCAGUAAUGGGCGAGUGGUCGGCCCGGUGGUCGCUGUGGUCAGUGUUAGUGGCCGUGCAGCAUGUGGGAGGAUGCAAUGUCCGGGAGAUCGCAGAGAUUGUACAGAAAAGGUUCAGAGAAGAGAUCGCGGCCCAGUGUGCCUCUAUAGGUGAUAAGUGUUCAUUUGAUCGAGAAUGCUGCAAAGGUCUGGAAUGCUUGAUGUCAGCGACACAUGAUGGCAUAGGCCUCUCCUGCCAGAGGGCAUGGCUGGCCGACCCGGACCGUGGAGACAUGGUGUUUGAGAUGCCGGACUCGUCUCCGUCAGAGCCGAAGAGUGAAGACGUUGAUUGGAUGGCCUUUAAAUCUGAGGAGGUCAAGGGAAAUGAAGACCACCUGAAGAGUAUGGAAGACACAGUCGAGAAGAUGUAUCCCACUGAUAUGAUGACAGAGAUAGAGAAUCUUCGAGAGAAAAAGAAAAUGAAACUUCUGCAAGAGAACUACGAGCUUGAAAAACUGUUUACGGAGAGAGAAGAACAAGAGUUAGAACAGUUAAGAGCAUUAAGAGCUGACGCUGAGAUUGAUCAACUGAGAAGACUGAAAGAACUGAGACUGAAGAGGAAGAUGCAACUGAUCAAUGAACUCAAGGAACUAAGGGGACUUAGAGCGGAGGAAGAUUACAACGCUCUUCAAGAGUUCAAGAAAACUAAAAAUCUCAAUGAAUCCAUCAAUACUCUGUCAACACAAAAUGAAACAGACGUAAUAGAUGAAAAUGAUAACAACUUGAACCCUAACAGUGUUGCUGAAUACCAAACUCAAUCGCCCGAUAAAGUGCCCGAUCCCCAAGAAGGGCAGAACCUACCGAAGCAUAAACAAGGAAUUCAUGAAACCCACCACAAAAGAAAACAUCACCAUCACAAGAAAAAGAAUCAAGGUCAAACUUUAGAUCCUUCAAACCAGACUGAAGACGCUAAUGCUGAAGAUGAAACCUUCACUGAAUACAACACAGGAUGAAUGAAAAAAUAAAAACACGUUUUUAAAACAAUGUC